UAUGGCGGGCGCCCGAUCUAAGCGUGCUCUCAGCUCAGCAAACGACGGACAUCAGCUCAGAAAACCACCUCUGCUCGUCCCGUUCGAGUCACGACUCGAGUCGUACUGGCCGCGACUCGAGUCGUACUGGCCGCGACUCGGACUGUUGUCUACUCCGAGCGGGCAGUCCGCCUCCCCCGCCACCCCCUCCCUCGCCUCCAACGGACUCCUGUACAGCUCGUCUGCAGGAAGCGGCGCCCCCGGCGCCCCUGACGCCCGGGGCGCACAACGCUCACGCAGCGCCAGAUGACGCAUCUCAUACUCGCCUUCGGGGCGCCGAGGCGCAGUCGCGUCAAGUCGAGGGCGCCCGGUAUGGUGAGGGCGCCGCGGGCGUCCUAGAGGGCGUCGCCGAGGGCGCCGGCGGUGAUGAGGACGCCCGGGAGGCAAAUGAACCGUCUCGACUGCCCGCGGAUGUGGAGCCGGCAGAGGUCGAGGCCUGGUUGGACGAGCAUCCCGACUUUACCAAGGAUUUCUUCAUGAGGAAAGCCUCUCGUCAAAUGAUUGACGCGUGGCUGAUUUCUCACGCCAUCACACAGAGCCUACAGGAGAGCUGUCUUCAUCGGCACGCCACGUCGGUACCCGGCAGCAGAGUCACCUCCGGGUCGGUGACUCCGGUUCGAAAAAUCUCCGCCCACGAGUUCGAGCGAGGUGGUACCCUGAAAGCCAUAGUAAACACGGUCGGGGGUAGUCCCACCUUCCUGACGGCCCCCACACCGGAAUCAGCGGCGGCGGCGGCAGCCGGCAGGCGGCAGAGAUGCAAACCGCGAUCCGAGCUGCAACACCUGGAUGAAAAGGAGCUGGUUCUGGAGCUUGUCAAGGACAUCUGCAAUGACCUGGAUGUUUGCUCACUCUGCCAUAAGAUUCUCCAGAGUGUGAGCGUUCUCACCAGGGCCGAUAGAUGCUCACUAUUUCUGGUGAGGGGUGAGAAGGAGUCCGGAUCGAGACAUCUGGUGGCGCAGCUUUUCGAUGUGAACUCACACAGUAAGGUCGAAGAAACCAAGCGGGAACUUCGCAUGCCCUGGGGAGCUGGGAUCGCUGGAUUUGUCGCAGACCAGGGACAGCCAGUAAAUGUACCUGACGUGUACCAGGACCCCCGUUUCAACCAGGAGGUGGACGCGAGCACUGGAUACCGGACCCACUCUUUGCUCUGUAUGCCCAUCAAAGACAGCAACGGAGAAGUGCUAGGAGUGGCGCAGGCGGUCAACAAGCAGGGCGGCGGCCGGUUCACCGCCGCUGACGAACUGGUUUUCGCCAGUUAUCUCCAGUUCUGCGGUAUUGGACUGAGGAACGCACAGCUCUACGAACGCUCUCAGCUGGAGAACAAAAGGAACGAGGUUCUGCUCGACCUGGCCCGUAUCAUCUUCGAGGAGCAGAGCACCAUCGAACGCGUCGUGCAGAGAAUCCUGGUGCACGCGCUGAGCUUCCUACAGUGUCAGCGGUGUCAGGUUAUGCUAGUGGACGAAUCCUGCCAGGGGACCUUCUCCCGUGUGUUCGAUAUCCAGUCCUCCGACCUGGAGGAAUCGGAGACGCGGGAUCAGCCGCACGAGGGGAGGUUUCCAGUCCAUGUGGGGAUCAGCGGACGCGUGGCGACAACGGGAAGGACUAUCAACCUGGCUGACGUGUACCAGUCGGACCUGUUCGAGCCCUCAGUGGACGAAGGAUCGCCACUCAAACACCAGUCUAUACUGUGUCUACCAAUCAUAUCUCCGGCCAACCGGACUAUAGGUGUGAUACAGCUGGUGAAUAAGUUUGACGGACUCCCGUUCACAAAGAACGAUGAGAACUUCCUGGAGGCGUUCGCCAUCUUCUGUGGUAUCGGCGUCACCAACACACACAUGUUCGAGAAGGCCACUACUGCCGUGGCCAAGCAGAAAGUGACGAUGGAGGUCCUCAGCUACCACGCCACGGCACCGCUGGAGGAGGCCCUGCGACUUCAGGAGUCGCCAAUCCCCUCAGCACGCUGUCUCAAGCUAGACUCUUUCGCCUUCGACGACCUGAAGCUGUCCGAUGAUGAUACACUGAGGGCCUGUAUGCGAAUGAUGCUCGACUGCGGUCUCCUGGAGCGAUUCCGAAUAGACCAGACAGUGUUCUGCCGUUGGCUGAUGUCGGUGAAGAAAAACUAUCGUCCAGUGACGUACCACAACUGGCGGCACGCCUUCAACGUGUGUCAGAUGAUGUACACCAUUCUGAAGAAGACCCAAUGGUGGAGCCGUCUGGGUGACCUGGAGUGUUUCGGUCUGCUGAUCGCAUGUCUGUGCCACGACCUGGACCACCGCGGCACCACCAACUCCUUCCAGGCCAAGGUGUCGUCUCCGCUGGCGCAGCUGUACAGCACGUCCACGAUGGAGCGACACCACUUUGACAGGGCGGUCAUGAUCAUCAACACGCAGGGUGUCCAGAUUCUCAACAGUCUGAGGCCGGAGGAGUACAGCUGCCUCAUCAAGGUGGUGGAGACGGCCAUUCUCUCCACCGACCUCGCCAUCUACUUCAAGAAGCGCGGCGGGUUCUUUCAGCACCUGUCCGCGGGCACUUUCGACUGGGGCCAGGACGGCUGCCGUGAGCAGCUCCGGGGAAUGCUGAUGACCGCGUGUGACGUGGCCGCCAUUGCCAAACCGUGGCCAGUCCAGAGACGGGUGGCCAACCUGGUAGCCAGUGAGUUCUUUGAGCAAGGUGAUAUCGAGAAGAACCAGCUGCACAUCAAACCCAUGGAGAUGAUGGACCGAGAAAAGAGUGACCGCCUUCCCGACAUGCAGGUGGAGUUUAUUGACUCCAUCUGUAUGCCUGUCUACAAGGCGGUAGCUCAGCUGGGGGAGCCCCUCAGACCCCUGGUAGACGCCGUGGAGGAGAACAGACGACACUGGCUUCAGCUGUCUCGGAGGUCACCCUCACCGCCCACCUAGCCAAUCACAGGGCGGCAAUGCUGUGGUGUGAUGUCAUAUGAGGUUGAAGAGACAAUCAUACGCGGAUAUCGCUAAAGUGUGGCGUUCUGUGAGGUCGGAGAGCCAAUCACAAAGUGGACUUCAUUUGAGUGUGACGUCAUGUGAAGUUGAUAAACCAAUCACGAGCAGGAUGGUGGCAUGCAUGCCGUCAUAUACAGGCGAGACAGCCAACCAAAUGCCUCGUUUCUGCAUUUCCGGUUUUCAGUGACGUACAGAUGACGUCAUACGUUUUAAUUCGCGCCGAGUUUGUACAAAAGUGCGCAGCGAGUGUCGAAUUCACGUACAGACACGGCACGUGCCACGUAGUGUUCACACGUGCCGGGUGAACACACGUGUGACUUCUUGUGGUACGUCUAUUGACCUAUCCGAUGCCCGCGUAGGGCAAUGAAGAUGGGCGCAGCCUCAUUGUUUGGUAAGAUGUUGGGUUUCUUUAGAAUUGUUGAGUGAAGUUGAGAAGGUUGUUGGUCUUGGGCUGAACUGCUGAAUCUGAACUGAUGGUGAACUGCUGAACUGGUGCUGAACUGCGCACUGCACUGAACUGGGGACUAAUUACAAAUGAAGUGACCUCGGUCUUCGUGAGCUGUGGACAGUGAGUGAACUUGCUUGAACUGUGAGAUGGACUGAUACUGGGUGAAAUCGACUGUGAGAUGACUGAACUGUGAGACGCUGGAUGAACUGAAAUUUGAACUGUGGGAUGAACUCUCGUAUGAACCCGAAUGUGAAUUACCAGCUAAACUCUCAACUGGUCUGAUGAACUUGUCAGUUAUGAACUAUAAGUCUUCAAUCGUAAAUGAACUGAAAGUCUGUUAGACUCUCAACUAUUGGCUUAUUUGAGAUGUAUAGUGUGACAAAAGAUCAUGUUUUGGAUGCUAGAAACAACUGUAUCAGAUGUUUAACCACAUAUACCGUCGACUGUGUCUAACGUCACUAUGAUGUGUCAUUGAGGUGUCACAGUGCCAUCUGGCUGAGAAGAAUGAAACGUGAGUAACACAGGGGGGCGGGGACGGAAACCGGUGCGCUAUUUUCCAGAGGAGCAAUGUUUGAUGGGUAAUGUGUGUGCGUUUGUGUAUGUCGGUGUGUAUGUGUGUGCGUUUCAGAGAAAGAAGAAACGUUUAUCUUUAAAUACACUAUGCGGUAUAACUGAUA